UGAUUGGUCACAGCUUGUCACAUGGUACAAAGCUGUUAUUUCACACGUAGUAAGCAAUGAUGUCAGGAAGUGACAUCGUGUUUACUACUAUUCAUGUGAUCACUGAUUGGCCUAUCAGUGAUCACAUGAUCGGGACCUCGUACAGAGGUCCCGUACAGCAAUCGGUGGUACACGCGCUUCCAGGGAGCGGGCUUAGGCAGGGAAUGCAGGUGGAUAUUUAUAAACUGCCACCCGCUGCUGCACUGCUCCCGUCCGGCCGUUUAUGUACAUGGACCGGACGGGAAGUGGUUAAAGUGUAUCUAUGGUCAAAAUUUUAAAUCAUAUAUUCAUU